UUUGCUUUAAAACCAACAAACACUAAAAUAUAUAACAAUCAAAUAGAAGUUCUACAAUAUCACAAAUAAAUAAACCCAACAUGGCUGAGGAUACGUCUCCGGAUAUGUCAGCGCGUGUCUCAAUCUAUAGUGUGGACGAUCGGCCAGAAAUUAAAGUCCUGCAUUAUGGAUCCUCACUCAUGGCAGCUAUGGAGCUUUGUAAGAAGCCCUUGUGUGAUGAUGCGGACCUGCAAUGCAUUAUCGAUAUGGUGAUUGCCACAAUUUGCGAAGCAAAGAAAAUCGUAGCAUCGGAUCCACGUAAACUAUUUUGCUACAAGCUGCCAAAAAAUCUAAAUUUCUUUGACUUUUCGGUCGAUGCUAUUGGAUCUAGCACAAGUGACUUUUCGCGAAGGUGGCUGCAAAUUGGCGACUUUAAUUAUAACAAUGUGAUUUCUGUAAUACGCGACUUUAUCGGACAAUGGCAGCUAUCCACGGACACCAAAUGUGUAGUGUUGUCAAAUAAGCGCCAGCACUAUAUCCCCAUGAAGGGCACUAUUUACUUUGUUGAUGCGCAUUUUUCACGGCCAACGCCGCGUUGUCCUAAUCCUCUAGCCGUGGCGAAGGUGCGCUUCAUUAUAACAGUUUCAGAUGUAUUGCAGCGGUAUUAUCCUGUCAUGAUUACAUAUCGCUUUGAAGGAUAUAGUACGCUCUUCUACGCUCUCGGUGAGCAAACCAUGAGCUCGUAUGUGUUCCAAAGGUUCUACAUUGAUACUAUAUUGCACACAAAGCUAAGUUUCUAUGCAGAGAUUUGCAAGUGCCGACACGGCACAUUGGAAAAUCCUCGACAUAAUGCAAAGCCCAAGGCAGUUGUUAAUCCAAAGCAUGCUUCAAACCCUAAAUAAAAUACUAACUGCAAAGUUUCCGCUAGGCAAUGCAAACGCUGCUCGGCUAUGCCCAGGCAGAUGCCCAGCUUAUCGCGUAGUUCAUCC